AUGGUGAAAGUUACAAAGUUUGUUUCUUCUCGUCCAUUAGUCAGCCUCAUCCUCCUGGUUGUUUUUGGGACAAUACCGAUUGUGAUAUGGUGUAUAGCAACCAAGAACAUAAGAAACAACGUAGAUUUACUCACUGAAGAUCUCCGAUCAAGUCUAGUUUCUGAAAUCGAAAUCAUCGGAAAAUUUAUCUAUCCAAAGACGAACUCAUCUACAAUCAGUUUAGCAAGAGUUAUAGACUCUUCUAUCACCAACAACAAUACACCUUUUACUGAGAUUCAAACACAGAUCGCACCAGUGUUGUUUCAAGCUUACUCAACGUUCCCUCAAGUCUCACAAGUGUCGUAUAUUAGUACAGACGGCCUCUUGUUUUCUUACAUAACAGGAUUAAACACAAGUUUCACAGUUUUUGCCAAUUCAAGCGGUGGAGAUUACAGUUGGUACACUCAAACCAUUGAUCAGAGAACCGGUCUUCUUAUCGGUGAUGCAACAAGAUCUCAGCCGUUAAAUGUAACUAAUACAGAUUGGUUCCAUGCAGCAGAGAGAGAUCACACUACGGCCUUUGUGGGAACUGGUUUGGGAGGAGAUGAUAACGAAAAACUGUUUCAGAGAGUGGUUAGCUUGGACAGCAAGAAAGGAGUUGUUUCGUUAGGGUUUCCGGUUAAAUAUUUAACCGAUGCAUUGAACCGUUUGGAUCUUCACGGUGGAGAGAUUUGCAUGUGGACUAAGGAUGGAACUGUGCUUGUUCUUGAAAGUUCACAAAAUGCUUCUUCCUUCACCCCCAGAGAUUGCAGUUCCGGUGGGGUGAAGGAGAUCAAAGGAUCCAAAUUCGAAGCUUAUUGCUCAGUUCUUGAAGUUUCUGGCGUGCCUCUGACUUACACGUUAAUGUCUCCCAACAAAGGAAUAGGAACAAGCAUCAGUCAUGCGGCUAUGUACAUGCUUAUUUUUAUGGCUUUUUAUGCCAUCUUCUGGCCUCUAGGGUUUGUUGUGUUUAUGGCGAGAGCAGCAAGAAGAGAGAUGGAUAUACGUUCAACGCUGAUAAACCAAAUGGAAGCAACACAACAAGCUGAGAGGAAGAGCAUGAACAAGAGUCAAGCGUUUGCACAAGCUAGCCACGACAUUAGAGGUUCCCUUGCAGGUAUCACAGGUCUGAUUGAUCUCUGCCGUCAAGAAGUUAAGCCUGGCUCUGACGUAGACGCUAGUCUUCAGCAAAUGAAUGUAUGCACCAAGGAUCUCGUUGGUCUGCUUAACUCAGUAUUGGACAUGAGCAAAAUCGAAAGCGGGAAGAUGCAGUUAGAGGAAGAAGAGUUCAACCUAGCCAAGCUUCUUGAAGACGUGGUCGACUUCUUCCAUCCUACGGCGAUGAAGAAAAAGGUUGACGUGGUUUUGGAUCUUCACGACGGCUCAAUCUUAAAAUCCUCGAAUGUGAGAGGUGACAGUGGCAAGCUCAAGCAAAUCCUGAACAAUCUCGUGAGCAAUGCGGUGAAAUUCACAGUGGAAGGGCACAUAUCGAUCAGAGCUUGGGCUCAGAAGCCAGGUCCCAAGAGCUCUGUUGUCUUGGCAUCUGAACCUAAAGGAAGUACUGUAUCCAUGUUUUCAAAGCUUAUGUUGUGCAUGAACAAAGACCAGUCUUCUUCUUCUUCUUCAUCAACCUAUGAGAAGGAGAUAUCUAACUCCAUAAGAAACAAUGCGAACACGAUGGAGUUUGUGUUUGAGGUGGACGACACAGGGAAAGGGAUACCCGUGGAGAUGCGUAAGUCAGUGUUUGAGAACUAUGUUCAGGUAAGAGAAACAGCUCGAGGACAACAAGGCACUGGUCUAGGACUCGGCAUUGUGCAGUCUCUGGUUAGAUUAAUGGGAGGAGAGAUAAGCAUCACCGACAAGGCGAUGGGAGAGAAGGGAACCUGUUUCCAGUUCAAUGUUCUGCUGAUAACCUCAGAGACUCCUCCGGUGAGUGACGUUGAAGCAGGAGGAGGAGAUUACAUAACCACUCCAAACGUCGGUCUGACUAUAAACACUUCUUCUCUGGUGGGAGGUGGUGGUAGCAUGAACAUACGUCAGCACCUGAGCCCUAGAUUCAACAACUGUCUCAGCUCAAGUCCGAAGCAGGAAGCUUCACGAGUGGUUCUCCUGAUAAAAGAUGAAGAACGGAGGAGAGUCACAGAGAAGAGCAUAAAGAUUCUUGGGAUCAAAGUCACUGUGGUGGAGAAAUGGGAGCAUCUGAGUCAGGCCUUGGAGAGACUCUUUGGGUUUUCACCACAGAGUUCCAUGGAGUCUAGUUUGAGAAACGAGUUAUCAAGUACGAGCUCGAGGGAGUUGCCUUUGAUUGGGAUGGAUGGUGUUGAUUCCAGAAGUCAGAUUCCUCGAAGGAGAAGCGCUAGUUUCUCUGCAUUCGUCCUUCUGAUGAUUGAUGCAAACGCUGGACCGUUUCCUGAGAUGGACGACAUUGUCGAACAGUUCCGUAGAGGCUUGCACCAUGGCGUAGUCUGUAAAGUUGUUUGGCUUAACGAACCUAACGGCCGUGGAAGUGAGAGAGGGGACAUUUGUUGUUUGAAGCCUUUGCACGGAUCACGUCUUAACAGAAUGCUGAAGAUGCUGCCUGAACUUGGAGGAAUCGUUCCUAAGCAAGAGCUGCAAAGAGAAUCACUACUUAGACAUACUCUUGUUGCAGCAGCAGCGACAUCACCAAAGGGUACUACGAGUUGUGAGAUCCAAGAAGAAUCGAGCUCAAGGUAUAACAAAAAACUAGGCAAGUCAGUACGUACUGUUCCAAAGCCAGUUGGGAACUCAGGGGACGAGCAAGGAAUGUCCAAUGCGAGCUAUGAUGCACUCUUAAAAGGAAAAAGAGUUAUGGUGGUUGAUGACAAUCGUAUAACGUCUUCAGUUGCAACAAGAAAGCUGAAGAAGAUGGGAGUAUCAGAUGUCAGACAAUGCGACAAUGGGAAAGAAGCUGUGAGAUUAGUCAGUGAAUGGCUUACACAACAAGGUUCAGUAGUAGAUGUGCUUCCGUUUGACUACAUAUUCAUGGAUUGCCAGAUGCCAGAGAUGGAUGGAUAUGAAACAACCAGAGAGAUUAGAAAAGUGGAGAGGAAGUAUGGUGUGCAUAUACCAAUUAUAGCUGUAUCAGGUCAUGAUCCUGGCUCAAGGGAAGCAAAAGAAGCCAUACAAGCUGGAAUGGACGCCUUCUUAGAGAAAGACAUGAAUCAGAACCAACUUGGGAAGAUCAUAAGAGAAAUCGAUAGCAAGAGGACUGUACAUGCAACUGCUGAGUAGGUGUUGUAACUAUAGAUAGGAGGAUAUGUAUUUGCUGACAUGUUGUGUUACUUUUAAUACCAUUUUGGUUUUCAAUUCUCAUUCAUAUUAGAAAGAUUUAACAUGAGGUAAUAUGACAAUAUCAUUAUUUGGUUUCCU